GAUUCUGAACGCUUUUGGCCAUUUUCCAACACACUUCAUCUUCAACAGCCUGGAGCGCUCUUUGAGUUGGGCAUAAAGGUUGGAUACUACGGGCAUAAGCGCAAGAUACUUCGAUGCACAUCGUUUGCGCAUGCCCUCUCCAAUGCAUGCUUACGGAUACGACGGACCGUGACGCUAGAAGAAAACAGCCUCUACGCGGCAUAA